AUGGAGGGCAAAAUCUUGGAUUAUCAGAAUCAGGUGCAAGCUGUGGAAAAUUUAUUUCCAAGGCUUUCUAGUUUCUCCCUUAGCGACCAGCAAUCCAAUUCCGAUUCUCCUCUGGAUGAUGAAAUGGGCGGUAGGAGGAGGAAUUGCGUUACUGGAGAGAAUUUUGAUUCUUUUGCCUCUGAUAGCACUGGACGGCAUUGUAUGAAUUCCUCUAGAUUAUAUCCUGAAUUCCCCGAAAAACAAUUGGAAAAACAUAACGAAGACAUGGAGUGUUCAGCUAAUGUUCAGAAGCAGGGAAGGUACUUCUAUUAUGAUACUCCGCUGCAGGAAGAUACUGGAGUUUGGAUACCAGUUUCAGUUCCACCUAUGCUGGAAGAUGAUCACAAAGAGUGGUCCAAAGGUUUUCACUCAAACGGUGGCUAUUUUCCUGAUGAUGACUUGGGGUGGAAUCAUUAUGUUGGAGAUGAAAGGGAAUUAACUAUGUGGGAUGUGGUAGCAGAAAUGUUGCUUGUGGCUCGUGGAAAAGUGACUUCUUUGGCAUCAGGAGAUAUUCAUACAUAUAACUUUUCGUGGAUAUCCAGUCAUGUACUGCUUGAACAAGCUUGGAGAGAGAUGGCACAAACCCUUACAGAGGCCAACUUUGGUAAUGCGAAGGAACUACUAGAAGCUGAGCCUCCAAAAUGGUUACCUGAUAGCGCUGCGUCUUCUUGUAUGCUUUGUGGUGUGAGGUUUCAUCCUAUCAUGUGCUCCCGACAUCACUGCCGGUUUUGUGGAGGAAUAUUUUGUGGUGAGUGCUCUAAAGGGCGGAGCUUGUUGCCAUCAAAAUUCCGAGUUUCUGACCCCCAAAGAGUAUGUGAUGUAUGCUGUGUCCGACUUGAGUCUGUACAGCCUUAUUUGAUGGAUCAGGUAAGCAAUGCUGCACAGUUGCCAACCCAUGACCUGACAGAUUUAAGCACUUUGAGAUCUUGGGUUAAUUUUCCUUGGGGCCAGUCUAUGGAAUAUGAAAUUUACAAGGCAACCAACACUAUCAAGGCUUAUAAUAAGAUUGGUCUUCUAAGGCCCGAGAAGUCAAUUCCAGAUGUGAUUCUGAGAAAAGCAAAAGGCCUUGCAAUUAUCACUGUGGUCAAAGUAGGAGUAGUAGUUACUUAUAAUAUUGGAACGGGACUAGUGGUUGCACGUAGGGAAGAUGGUUCAUGGUCUGCUCCAUCUGCUGUCUCCACCUUUGGUGUAGGGUGGGGGGCUCAGGCUGGAGGAGAGUUGACAGACUUCAUCAUUGUCUUAAGAACAAAUGAUGCUGUCAAGACAUUUAGUGGUAAUAUGCAUAUUUCACUGGGAGCUGGUUUGAGUGCUGCAGUAGGCAUUGUUGGUAGAUCAGUUGAAGCUGAUGUUCGGGCUGGUGACGGUGGUUAUGCUGCUUGUUAUACCUACAGCUGCAGUAAAGGUGCAUUUGUUGGAUGUUCACUUGAAGGAAGUAUGGCGAUUACUCGCACGCAAGAAAAUUCCCGUUUCUAUGGUAGCCAGUCUAUAGCUGCGACAGAUAUACUUGGCUCGUUGCCUAAGCCACCUGCCGCUGCCAUUCUCUACCGUGCACUUACUGAUCUCUAUUCGAAGCUUGAUGGAUAA